CCCGCGCCCUCAGGGCUCGGUGCGGCUGCCGCGUUCCCGCUGUCGUGCCCCGCGGGGCCGGGACGAGGAGCCUCGCCGGUGUACCUUUUGGCUUGUUACAAAGACCAGCUAUGGAGAAGUGGAGCUUAAUGACAAUUACUGUUUUACUAGCACUUACUGUACGCUGGACUGUAUCGCUUGGUUCUUAUUCAGGUGCGGGAAAACCACCUAUGUACGGAGACUAUGAAGCUCAGAGACACUGGCAAGAAGUUACUUACAAUUUACCCAUCAGGCAGUGGUACUUCAAUACAAGUGAUAACAACCUACUGUACUGGGGCCUUGAUUAUCCACCUCUUACUGCCUAUCACAGUUUGGUGUGUGCUUACAUUGCAAAGUUAAUAAAUCCUGAUUGGAUUGCUCUGCACACAUCUCGGGGGUAUGAGAGUCAGCCACAUAAGUUAUUUAUGCGUACAACAGUGUUUGUUGCUGAUUUGCUGGUUUAUAUUCCUGCAGUUAUUUUAUAUUGUUUUUCCUUGAAAGAAACAUCUACUAAAAAGAAGGUUUCCAGUGCUCUCUGCAUACUGCUUUAUCCAGGCCUCAUUCUUAUUGACCAUGGACACUUCCAGUAUCCUUGUUUGAGCCUUGGCUUUGCCUUGUGGGGUGUACUUUAUUUGUCUUAUGACUGGGACCUUUUGGGGUCAGUGGCAUUUUGCUUGGCCUUAAAUUAUAAGCAAAUGGAACUCUACCAUUCUCUGCCCUUUUUUUGCUAUUUACUUGGAAAGUGCUUCAAGAAGGGACUGAAAGGAAAGGGAUUAGUAUUGUUAACUAAAAUAGCAGGGACAGUGGUGGUUUCCUUUGCUGUCUGCUGGCUCCCGUUCUGUACCGACAUGGAACAAAUCAUGCAAGUACUCAGAAGACUCUUUCCCAUUGACCGAGGCUUGUUUGAGGAUAAAGUAGCCAAUAUUUGGUGCAGUCUAAGUGUCCUUAUAAAGAUAAAGAAUCUAGUAUCACCUCAAACUCAACUAAAACUCAGUUUUGCUCUAACAUUCCUGAGCCUGCUUCCUACUUGUAUAAAACUAACUGUCCAGCCUUCUCUCCGAGGAUUUAAAUUUGCUUUGGUUAGUUGUGCAUUGUCAUUUUUCCUGUUCUCCUUUCAAGUACAUGAAAAAUCUAUUCUUCUGGUGUCAGUACCAGUCUGCUUAAUCAUAAAUGAAAUCCCUUUUAUGGCUACGUGGUUUUUACUUGUAUCAACUUUCAGCAUGUUGCCUCUUCUACUGAAAGACGGCCUGCUGCUGGCCUACACUGUGACAAUGCUGGCAUUCCUGUCGGUCUGCAUGGCUUCCUUUUCCAUAUUUGAGAAGACUUCAGCAGAGGACCUGCAGCUGAAGCCAUUCUCCCUUUCCCUGAAGGGAUAUGUUUCUUGGUUUAAGUCAUUUCCCAAGAUCGUCAGGAGUCUGUUUCUUCUUUCCGUAACCCUGAUGGGCGUCCUGUCUCUAAUGAGUGCCGCGGUGCAGCCUCCACAGAGGUUACCGGAUUUAUUCCCUGUAUCUGUGUCCGUUAUUUCUUGCUUACACUUCUUAUUGUUUUUGGUGUAUUUUAAUGUUGUUAUACUCUGGGACUCAAAGAAUAGUAGAAGUCAGAAGAAAAUCAGUUAAUCAGCCUGUGAAGAUCAAGGACUUAAACUGUGAAAGGACAGAGUAUUUUCAGUGAACGGUGUCUGGCAUUGCAGGUAAACCUGUUUGUGAUGUAUGACAAUUCCUGUAACCUGAUGAAAGUCAGGAAACACAUUAUGCAUAUUUAACCACAAAAUAAUCAAAGACUCUUUUAAAGGAGAAGUAUUUUGAAGAGCACUUGGAAACGUGGUUUGGUGUGUUUUCUUCAGAAGUGUAAUACUUUUGUUACCAUUUGUAAACUCAAAAUACCUAAUAAAGGACCAAAUUUUGAAUUAAUGCUAAAAUACCCUGGCUGUAUUAGCAAACCAGCAAACUGUUUUGUUAGCAUUAAGUUUACACGUU